UUCUUGGGAGCCUGGCGUCUGGCCCAGCCACAGUCCUGGGGAUUGCAGGUCAACCCCUGACACCCUUCUUCCCGAGAUCUGACCUCUGACCCCAGGCCGCUGGCCCCUCCCCCUCCUGGAGUGACCUCACAAAGGUCACCAGCCUCUCUUCAGGCCGAGACCCUCCCAUGGCCCUGCUGGUCCUGGCGAGUGCUGUCCCAACUGCCCUGCGGGCCCUGCUGGUGCUCAGGGUGUCCACGUGGGCCUGUCUCCUCUGCUUCACCACUUAUACCGAGCGCGUUGGCAUCUGCAGGAUGUUUGCCGGGGUGCAGGAGCCUAGGAUUGCCCAGUGCGAGGAGGCCUUCACCGCUGCCUUUCAGGGUCUCUCAGACAUGGAAAUCAAUUACGAGGAGAGGAGCCGCCUGCAUGACACCUUCACCCAGAUGACACUGUCCCUCCAGGAGGAGGCCGUGGCCCGGGGGUCCUUUGAGGUUGCCUUCCCUGCUGCCGCGGAAAAAAUGAAGAGGGCCAUUCUGCAGCUUAAAAAAGUCCAGCCCUGCAUCCCUCCUUGCGGGCGCGGAAGGAGCCCAGGCCCGGGUCCUCGUCUGCAGGGAUCCAGGAAGCCUCCCGGCGCUUCCACUGCCGCGGGUGCUACUCCACCGUGUGCGACCUGCCGCUGGACUGUCCAGGACGUGACGGUGGGUCGCGGCGACCAGGCCAUGUUCUCCUGCGUCGUGGGCUUCCCGCUGGCAGAGGAGGAGAUCGCUUACUCCUGGAGCUUCGCGGGGGGAGGUCUCCGGACCCGGGACGCAUCCUACUUCCGAGGUAUGCCACGGGCCCGAGGGUACCUGGUGCGGAUUCGGCCGGUGCAGCCCACGCACCGCGGGACCUUCUCCUGCAUGAUCCUGCACGACCAGCGCCCCCUGGCGCGGCUCUACUUCUUCCUGAAUGUGACCGGCCCGCCCCCGCGCGGGGAGACCGAGCUGCAGGUCCAGUUCCGGGAAGUGCUCCGUUGGGCGCCGCGGGAUGCGGAAAUGAUCGAGCCCUGGAGGCCCAGCCUGGGCGAGUUGCUGGCCCUGCCAGAGGCCCUGACGCUGGGCAACCUGGCCGUGCUGGCCGCCGUCAUUGGCCUGGCAUCGGCCGCUGCAACGGUGCUGGUGUGGGCAUUCUUCCGAUGGUAUUUGAGUGGUGACUAACGAAGGUACCUCGUCCGUAUGCCAUUUUCAUUCCUAAAGUAAAGGGUACAUUUCAGCGCUGUGUUCUUCUGACUCCUGAAGGUGGUCACUGCUGACUCGGCGAAGGGCAGUGUACUCCACGUGCUCAGGUGACUGUGGUGACAGUGGGGCCCGUGCUGAGGGUGUUAGGCUCCACCCCAGACCCCUCCUGCAUUUCUGGCAUUGCCUGACAUUGCCCUGUCCAGGAGACACCCCUAGAGCCCCCAACGUGGCUGUUUUCCAUCCUCUUAGACCGCCACCCGCCCACAGCUCAUGACGGAGUGCUGAGUCAUGUUUAAUACCUCCUCAGCUUCAGAUCCACUGCCAGGUCUCUACCUUUCUAACUCCGGACCCCUCGGUCCCAGUCAUCACUGUGUCGCGUCUGAAUCACGGUGGCAGCCUCCGAGCUCGCCUCCCUGUCCUUGCUUGGCCUUGUCCCUCUGUAGUCCAUUCUCUUCGGACCUGGAGUGAUAUUUUACAUCCGAGUGUCCAUCCAGCCUUUUGGCUUGCCCGGGUUGCACUGGUUGAAGAGGAAUUGUCUUGGGUCACAUAUAAAAUACAGACUAUGGUUAAUGAAUAUGUGACAAGGCUUCCCUUUUUAAUAUUUGAACUUAAAAGUUUACAAAACAUUACAAACCCAGGUAUAAUAACUAAGAACACUUACAUGUCUGCUUAACAUUGUGUCACAGGCACACACACACACACACCUGUAGGUAGGCUGGAAUACUGUUACUGGCGAUUGUGUCACACGUGUGUGUCAUGUCUGACCUGCGUGGAUUUUGAUUAUUUGACUGCGUGGGGCAGGUGCCCUCAGGCCCCCAAUACUGUGCCGUCCCCUACAGUGUUCUGUUGUCACCUGUGUGUCAGUACUGUGCUCCGACACUGUGCAGUGGAGUCAGAAAGAAUAUUGCUGAAUAUCACAUCAUUGUUUUCUGCCUUGUCUGUCCAGGGUUGCAUGUGACAUCUUAAAGCGUAUCAGAUUGGGUCACUUCCCUGCUCCCAGUUUUUCAGUGACUCCCUCCUGCCAGUAGAACAAAACCCAAUUCCUGCUCCAGGGCUCCAGGGCUCCACAGGUUCCAGUCCUUGCUGACUCUGUUGGCCUUGCCCCCUCCCAGGGGUCAAGGUGGAGUUAUCAACCUCUUACCCUGCAGUUUUCUCUGGCCUUUUCUCCUUCCUAGUGAGCCUUCCCUGUCUCCCCAGGAUCUUGUAUAUACAUGUUGUUUCUUGCCUAGGAUAGUGUUUUUUCUCUUUUUUUUCUUUGUCCAGUUAAUUAUGAUUUUCCUCCAGCAGCCAUUAUGUACCUUAAUCUCCAUGACAACUGUGAGUCCAGCCAGCACUGUUUUAGCUUCUCUACCUCCCCUCACCCCACUUGCUACUUCUCAGCCCCAGGGGCCUCUGAUUUUAGUCCCCCAGACAUUGUCCUAUCCCCAGGCCUUUGGUCUUGAGAAGUAUCUCCAGGAACGCACCCCGCUGUCCUCACAUGGGCUCCAGCCCACGUGCCACCUUCUCUGACUGCUCCCCACCCCUGUGACUGCCUGACACCCCCCCACACUUUAGCUUGUGGAGCGCUCAUCUGGGUGUACUGGUGUUAACUCUUGUUUUCAUCGGUUCUGUCCUCUCUCCCUAAGAGAAGCUGCUGAGCAUGGAAUCAUUCUCGAUCCCUCUUGUGUUCCCUUUCAUCAAUUCAUUCACUCAGCAUGGAUUUACUGAGCACUUACUAUGUACCAGGUAUUUUCAGAGCACUCUAGAACUGGUAAUGAAAAAUUAGAAGAAGAAAAAAAAAUCUGGCCUCUCAUCAGACUAAGAUUCUAGUUGAUAAUAAACGAAAACUUUCUCUACUCAUGA